AUGGAUAAUUUCGCGCCAUUGCUUCGACUUCCGAGGGAAGUGAGGGACAUGAUCUACCACUAUGUCUUCUCACCCACCUUCCCUAAUAAUAGUAUACUUAUGGCCCAACACCUGCCUUCUUUUCAUAUUUGGAUUCCAUAUCCCAAAUCACAACGAAAUUUCACCAUUUUCCCCGUCGAGCUUGCGCCCAUAUGCCUCACAAACACUCAACUCUACCGAGAAACAAUAAACCUCUACCUCAAAACCAUAAUCCUCGAAGUCACCCUCGAAACAGUUGCAGACGCCCUUCUCCAAUGGCUAUCACAAACCACACCUCCCCAACAAUCCCUCCUAGAUUCAAUCCACCACCUCUCACUCCAGAGCCUAACACCCCAGCGCAAUCGGAAGCGUCUCGAUUUCCUGGUAUCAUGCCCAAACCUUAGGAGCCUGACCCUGCAUCUGAAAUAUAAGUAUUGGCAGAUUCUUCCAAAGUCGCUAGUGCGGGAGAUGGAUCCGACGACUUUCUUCAAUAAUCCGUAUAUCUUGGAUCGAUGGAGUCAUGGUCGUAGGAUUUAUCGGCGUGAGUGGGAUUUAGGGGAGAACUCGGCGUGGUGUGAGGGCCAUGUUGGUUCGACAAUCCUUAAGAGAUUGGUGGAGGUGUAUAGGAUGAAGGAGAUAUUUAAGAUGAAGAGUUUGGAGAUGUUCACGUUUUAUGUCGAGGCUGAAGCGGCAGAGGAGUAUAAGCGGGGCUUAGCAAGUUCUUUGAAGGCGCAUCUUGCGACAUUGCGGCGGGAAGAGGGGUUGAGAGAGGUGAUCAUUGACGAUGGCUUCUGA